UCCCUCAAGAAUUCUCCAUUAAUUCUGUGCGUACAACUUGAUCAAAAGAAAAAAAACAGAACAAAUUUUAUUUGUUUAAUUUAAAAUAUAAUCAUGCUUGUUUAUCAAGAUCUUCUCACAGGUGACGAGCUUCUAUCUGACUCAUUCCCUUACAAUGAAAUCCAGAAUGGAAUGCUGUGGGAAGUUGAGGGAAAGUGGGUUGUCCAAGGAGCAGUUGAUGUGAAUAUUGGAGCUAAUCCUUCGGCAGAAGGAGGAGAAGAUGAAGGUGUCGAUGAUCAGGCUGUUAAAGUCGUUGAUAUUGUCGACACAUUCCGGCUUCAGGAACAGCCUACUUUCGACAAGAAGCAAUUUGUCACAUUCAUGAAGAGGUACAUCAAGUUGCUGUCAGCAAAAUUAGAGCCAGAGAAGCAAGAAAUAUUUAAAAAGAACAUUGAAGCAGCUACAAAAUUCCUGCUUCCGAAACUCAGCGACUUUCAAUUCUUUGUGGGGGAGAGCAUGCAUGAUGAUGGGAGCUUGGUGUUUGCAUACUACAAGGACGGUGCUACGGAUCCUACGUUUAUGUACUUUGCCCAUGGUCUCAAGGAAGUCAAGUGUUAGGGAAGAGUUUCAGCAUUUAUGGUCUCCUUACAGCGGAUCUUCUGUCUGUAUUAUUCGGAGUUUUAGAUAUUUUUUUUCCGGAUUUUAUUAUAUUUUUUCAAGUAAAAGUUAUAAUUAUAGUUGGCGUGUUUUAAUUUUUUUUUAUACAAUUAAGAGAGUUUUUGAUGUUUUAUUAUAUUAAUGAGCUAUAUGUUAUUGAAUUUUUU